UGACCAAUGAGCUCACAACAAUUCACUUCCUUCGCCAUAUCUUCUAUAGAGAAAGUAAGUCAUUGAGACGAGCUCCGAUUCACCAAUUUCAGCCGUUUAUUUACUGAUAAAGGUUUACACAAGAUUAUCAGAAAACUUUGGCAUGAAAGAAUUCGCUACACAGAUACAUCAUCAAUAAUUAUCAUCUUUUAAAAACUAAAAAAAAAAAUGUUAUACAGAGCUCUUGUGAUCCUGUUUAUACAAACGUCUAUUGACUUAUUGUGAAAUAUUUCUUCAUUGCUGUGUGAAGUAUCUGUAUCAGAUGAUUUUGCAUUUGAUUUUCCAAAGAGUUUCCAGCAUCUUCAAAUAUCAGUUAAGAUCACAGUUAAUGAAAAUAUAGCAGUGAAAUUGUUUAUAAAGUGUAAACUAUAGAAACAAAAACCAGAAAAAUAGCCUUAUAUUGGAGUGAGAAAAGAAAAUUAUUCAGAAAAUGUGUGAAUUUACAGGAUUGAUACCUCUUGAAAAGACGCAAAGCGAAGUAAGAAAAUCUUCACACUACUGUGAUAUCUGUGAAAAAUCGUUCUCCCAGAAGAGUAACCUUACCACUCACCUGCGUAUUCACACAGGUGAGAGGCCAUACCAUUGUGAUGUCUGUGGGAAAUCUUUUUCUCAGAAUGGUGUUUUAACUAAGCACAAACGCAUUCAUACAGGCGAGAGACCUUAUCAUUGCGACAUAUGUGAUAAAUCGUUUUCCGGAAGUAGUGACUUAACUAAACAUAAGCAUAUCCAUACAGGUGAGAAACCAUAUCAGUGUGAUACGUGUGGUAAAUCAUUCUCUCUAAAUCAACACUUAAUCAAACACAAACACAUUCAUACAGAAGUGAAACCAUAUCAGUGCGAUGUCUGUAGUAAAUCAUUCUCCCAGAGUGAGAAACUGGCUACUCACAAAUGCAUUCAUACAGGGGAGAAGCCAUAUCACUGUGAGGUCUGUGAUAAAUCAUUCUCCAAAGCUUGUAAUUUGAUUACACAUAAACGUAUACACACAGGUGAAAAGCCAUAUCACUGUGAUAUCUGUGAUAAAUCGUUCUCAGGAAGUAGUAACUUAACUAAACAUAAGCGUACUCAUACGGGAGAGAAACUGUAUCACUGCGAUGUAUGUGACAAAUUAUUUUCGCAAAGCAAUGACUUGAGUAUACACAAACGUAUUCAUACAGGAGAGAAGCCAUAUCAUUGUGAUGUCUGUGGUAAGUCAUUCACUGGAAGUAAUAACUUAGCUAAGCACAAGCGUAUUCAUACGGGGGAGAAGCCAUAUCACUGUGAUGUCUGUGGUAAAGCCUUCACUAGAAGUAGUGAUCUGAAUAAACAUAAACGCAUUCAUACAGGAGAGAAGCCGUAUCAGUGUGAUAUUUGUAGUAAACCAUUCUCUAGAAGUAGUGACUUAACUAAACACAAAUCUAUCCAUACAGGAGAGAAGCUAUAUCGCUGUGAUGUCUGUGAUAAAUCAUUUUUUGUAAACAGUGACUUGACCAAACAUAAGCGUAUUCACACAGGAGAGAAACUAUAUCGUUGUGAUGUCUGUGGUAAAUCGUUUUCUGGAAGUAGUGACUUGACUAGGCAUAAACGUCUUCAUACAGGGAAAAAGCCGUUUCAGUGUGAUAUCUGCAGUAAAGCAUUCGCUCGAAGUGAUGAUUUGACUAAACACAUACGUAUCCAUACAGGGGAGAAACCGUAUCAGUGUGAUAUCUGUGGUAAGUCUUUCUCUCAGAAAAGUAACCUAACUACCCAUGUAGUUAGUCAUACAGGAGUGUAACCGCAUCAGUGUCUGAGUUGAUUACAACACAGUAACAAACGUUUUGACCCUUUGGCAUUCAAACCAGCCAUAUCCAGCCUAAAUAUUCAACCUGUUUUAUGGUCAAACCAGCCGGAUGCAGUCUCUCAUACCUACUCCACAGUGUCCUAAAAAUAAGGAAUCUCAUCAUGAAAAUCUCAGAACUACAAGAUAAUGUACGAUCAAUUGAAAAUAAUGUGAAUAAGUAGGUAUUACAUUUGACAGGAUAAUCUGAAUGCUAAAGGGUUAAGCCCAUUUUUUCUGCCGAUGGAAGGGCAACUUUGUGGCCCUACCAAUAACUCUAAAUAUAUUCACUAUGGUUCCCUUUCCAAGGUAGAAUUUUGUGGCUGAAGUCAUACCAAUCCAUUCAGUUUUCUUCACAGGGAUAUGGCAUACCUAUUUAAAAUCUAGAUACAGCAUUCUUACCAAAGUUCUUUCUAUGAAAGAAUAUAUAAAACCGUAAACAUUUACACACAGAAAAGUGGAGGUAACUGUUGACUUUCCCCAAACUAUAUUUUAUAUAACUACAACUAUAUCUGUAUUGGUGAAGUAAAUUUCUAUCUUGAUAUUUUUAAUAAGAAUUUUCUUCCAGAAUACUCAAAUACAUAUUCCAUCUAAAAUAUUUGCAGAAAGAGAAAAAAUUAUCCUGGAUUGACAUUGCGAGUGAAUAACUGAAAAUCUAUUCUCAUAUAUCAAUAAUAAUGUUGUACAAUUAUUAUGAAUAAAUACAAAAAAAA